AAAAAAAAAAUAUUAAGUGAAAUUGAGAAAAUACAUAAACAUAAGGGGCAAAUUGAAAUUUACCCUGAAAGGAAAGAGCUUCAACUACCAACCAGAAAACUAACAACAUCACAACCAGACAAACAAUCCAUGGCCAUGGCCUCUACUUCUUCAUCAUCACUUCCAAUCCCUCUCUCCACACCUUCCCAUGACCCUUCUAAUAAAACCCAGAAAACUUCUCUCUUUAGGAUCUCACCACCACCAAGCCCAUCUCUUAAAACCCCAUCAAUUCGCUCUCGAUUAAGCAAACUUUGCCAAGAGGGCCAGCCCCAUAUUGCACUCCAACUGUUUGACACAUUUCCCCGCCCAACCACUGUCAUCUGUAACACCAUCAUAAUUGGCUUCAUUUGCAAUAACUUGCCUCUUGAAGCCAUUUUGUUCUAUUCCAAGUUAAAAAGUUCAAGUCUUGGCACCAAAUUUGAUUCCUAUACCUACUCUUCUACACUCAAAGCUUGCGCUGAAACGCGCAGUUUAAAGAUUGGUAGAGCCAUUCAUUGUCAUCUUAUUCGGUGUUUAUCAAAUCCGAGUAGAAUUGUCUACAAUUCCCUUUUGAAUAUGUACUCUAGUUGUUUGAGUAAUGUGGGUUGUUUGAGUUAUUUAGAUUACUCUAAGUAUGAUUUAGUGCAUAAAGUUUUUGAUACAAUGAGAAAGAGAGAUGUUGUUGCUUGGAAUACUAUGGUUUCUUGGUAUGUGAAGACAGAAAGAUAUGUAGAAGCAAUUAGGCUAUUUAGGUUGGUGAUGAAAAUGGGCAUUAAACCGAGUCCGGUUAGUUUUGUCAACGUUUUUCCUGCUUUUUCGAGUGUUGAAGAUUUUAAGAAUGCUAAUGCUCUUUAUGGGAUGCUUGUUAAAAUGGGUAGUGAAUAUGUGAAUGACUUGUUUGUUGUGAGCUCGGCGAUAUUCAUGUUUGCAGAGCUUGGACAUAUUGAUUUUGCUAGGAAGGUUUUUGACCAUUGUUUGGAGAAGAAUACGGAGAUUUGGAACACUAUGAUUGGUGGAUAUGUACAGAAUAAUCUUUUGAUUGAAGGCAUUGAUCUUUUCCUUAAAGCUGUGGAAACAGAACAGACGGUUCUUGAUGAUGUAACCUUUCUCUCGGUUUUAACGGCUGUUUCACAGCUGCAGUGUUUGGACUUGGCUCAACAACAGCAUGCCUUUGUGAUUAAGAAUCUAGCAGUAUUUCCCGUGAUGAUAACGAAUGCAAUCAUUGUGAUGUACUCAAGGUGCAAUUCUGUCCACACUUCUUUUGAAGUAUUCGAGAAGAUGGUGGAAAGAGAUGUUGUAUCUUGGAAUACCAUGAUUUCUGCUUUUGUACAGAAUGGAAUGGAUGAUGAGGGGUUGAUGCUUGUAUAUGAGAUGCAGAAGCAAGGGUUUGCAAUUGAUUCUGUGACAGUGACUGCUCUACUUUCUGCAGCAUCUAACCUUAGAAGCCAGGAAAUUGGAAAGCAGACCUAUGCUUAUCUUCUUAGGCAUGGGAUACAAUUUGAAGGAAUGGAUGGUUAUCUUAUAGACAUGUAUGCAAAAUGUGGCCUGAUUAGGCUUUCACAACGGAUUUUUGAGAGAAGCAAUGUGAACAAUAGAGAUCAAGCCACGUGGAAUGCUAUGAUCGCUGGGUACACACAGCAUGGGCUAGUAGAAGAAGCUUUUGUUACCUUUAGACAAAUGCUUGAGAAAAAUGUAAUGCCUAAUGCUGUAACUUUAGCAACCAUUCUCCCAGCCUGUAAUCCUGUGGGAAAUAUAGAUUUGGGAAAGCAACUCCAUGGAGUCUCCAUUCGGCUGUUGUUGGACAAAAAUAUAUUUGUCAGCACUUCCCUUGUUGACAUGUACUCGAAAUCAGGCUCAAUCAAUUAUGCUGAAAGUGUGUUUACCAAAUUACCAGACAAAAACUCUGUCACCUAUACAACAAUGAUAUUGGCCUAUGGUCAACAUGGGAUGGGCGAGAGAGCUCUCUCCUUGUUUCACUCAAUGAAGAAAUCCGGGAUUGAACCCGAUGCCAUAACUUUUAUUGCUGUCUUGUCAGCUUGCAGUCACUCAGGUUUGGUUGAUGAAGGUCUUCAAAUAUUUGAGUCAAUGGAGAAGGAUUUUAAGAUUCAACCCUCAACUCCGCACUAUUGCUGUGUUACAGACAUGUUAGGGAGAGUUGGUAGGGUGGUUGAAGCAUACGAGUUUGUUAAACAAUUGGGUGAAGCUGGCAAUGUGUUGGAAAUCUGGGGAUCACUUCUCGGGGCUUGCAGACUCCAUGAACACGUUGAAUUGGGAGAAGUUGUUGCCAAGAAGUUGCUUGAAAUGGAGAAAACAGGCAACAUUACAGGCUAUCAUGUUUUGCUCUCCAAUAUAUAUGCUGAGGAAGGAAACUGGGUAAAUGUUGAUAAAGUAAGGAGAGAGAUGAGGGAAAAGGGUUUGCAAAAGGAAGUUGGCUCCAGUUGGAUUGAUAUCGGAGGUUCUGUGGCCCGUUUUACAUCGAAAGAUCAAGACCACCCUCACUCUGAUAAAAUAUAUGAAAUGUUGGCGGGAUUGGCUAUGGAGAUGAAAAAAAGUGAUCGUAGUCCUCAAAUCAAUCCAUGAAAGAAUUGGAAUAAGUUCUAGACGUUUUUGGUGUUAUAUGGGGAAUAUUGUCUAACAAAUUACAUUUUGGCAAACUCGGUAUAGUUAGCUACUGGCAGCUGCUUGUUGCUUUUAAUUGUGGCUGCAUUUGUACUGAUCAGUAUAUGAUAUAAUACUAUGGUCGGUCUAUUUGUGGAAUGUUUGUCCAGUACAACAAUUUGGAAACUAUGCUGGAUUGCAGGCUUAGAUUUCUGGAACCAGUCAAUAAAUCUGUUUGAAAAAAAAAAGAUUCUUUCUGGCUGCUUCCCAUGUCUACAUGGUCUAUGGUGUCAUAUUCAGCUACUCGGAACAAGCCAAAUGGGGUUAGAUGAGCUCUCUGAAUUCUGAAGCAGCCUUUAAAAAGCCUCUUUACCUAUCUAUUCAGGCCAGUCUCUUAUGCACACGGUCAAUGGUCUCAUAUUCAGAUUCUUACUGGAAGAAGUUUUUUGCAGUUAUGGGUGUCUAAACUGAAGAGAAAUGGAAACUGUAUGCAAUUUCCUGAAUACUGGAUCGUUCUGUUUAUAUAGAGUUCAAACCUUUUAUGUUUCCCUGGAAUACUUGUUAACAAACCUUGUUGAUCCUUUUACAUGCAGAUAACUUAGACCUGUGUUUUUUGCUUCCCAAACAAUCUGGGAUGCAUGAUUAGAGCAAAUAUUUAAA